CAGUGUACGCUAUAGGAUUACACGAACUACGUAAGGUCUGUUUUAUGAUUGCUUUCUCUCUUUUUUUUCUAUAUGUCAAGCAUUACAACUCCGUUUUGUAAUUAAUUUAGAGCAUGCAUGCUCUGCUUCGUUCCACUUACAACUCAUACUUCGAAAAAAUAAAUAUAUAAACAAAUAAAUAAAAAAAUUGAAAUCGAAAUUACGAUAAUAAGAACAAAGGGAUCUAUGCCCCGACUGACACUCAGCUGGUGUCCAUUGACGGUAGAUAAAAGUUUUGUUUCUCUAGGCUACUAAUAUGUUAAUUAGCUGUUAGAGUGUGCGACCCUAUUGGCUCGUCGUCCGAGUCAAUUUCCCAUUUCCAGCCUGACGUCAGAGCGGCUACAAUGCUUAAACUCAUCUGCUGUGUGAUCCCACUAAAAAAUCGCCCCACCAGACAGCAGCUUAGAACGUGCAAGUGAGCUUUUACUCCCUGACUUUCGGUGUGUUUCCCUCUCCGCGUGCGCAAUGUAUUCAUGAAGACACCGUAAAGUGUUAAAUGUUUGAAAUCCAAAACCGCCGAAUUUCACAUGCUGAAAAAGGACUCCGCUACUCGUACGCGCGGCACUGGUGUGUCAGUGCAAUAGACUCUGCAAAGAAACUCUACUCUCACAAGCCUGCAAGUCCGCGGCUGCAAAAAGGACGCUGAAAACCUAAUUUUUUUUUUCAGUUUCAAGACAAACGCGUAAAAAUCAAACUGGCUCACGUUCUUCCCAACCAACCCAGUUUGACAGCUGCUCUUCACCCCAUUUGGAGGACUGUCAGCAGCAAGAGGAUGGCAUCAGAGCUGGCAAUGAGCAACUCCGACCUGCCCACCAGUCCCCUGGCCAUGGAAUAUGUUAAUGACUUCGAUCUGAUGAAGUUUGAAGUGAAAAAGGAGCCGGUGGAGCCCGAUCGCAACAUCAGCCAGUGCAGUCGCCUUAUCGCCGGGGGAUCCUUGUCUUCCACCCCGAUGAGCACGCCUUGCAGCUCGGUGCCCCCUUCCCCAAGCUUCUCGGCGCCCAGUCCGGGCUCGGGGAGUGAGCAGAAGACACACAUUGAGGAUUUCUACUGGAUGUCCGGUUAUCAACAGCAGCUGAAUCCAGAGGCGCUGGGCUUCAGCCCCGAAGACGCGGUCGAGGCGCUGAUCAACAGCAGUCACCAGCUCCAGUCUUUCGAUGGCUAUGCCAGGGGCCAGCAGUUUGCUGGCGCAGCCGGAGCAGGAAGCACCAUGGCCGGGGAAGAGAUGGGGUCCGCCGCGGCGGUGGUGUCGGCAGUAAUUGCUGCGGCAGCCGCUCAGAACGGAGCGCAACACCACCACCACCACCAUCACCACCACAGCAGCAGCCACCACCAGGCACCGGGCGUCCAGUCCAACGGCACUUCUGGGACAAAUCACCCACACAUGCGCUUGGAGGAGCGGUUCACAGACGAGCAGCUGGUGACCAUGUCAGUGCGGGAGCUCAACCGGCAGCUACGGGGGGUCAGCAAAGAAGAGGUGAUCAGAUUGAAACAGAAGAGGAGGACCCUAAAGAACAGAGGCUACGCUCAGUCCUGCCGGUUCAAGCGGGUUCAGCAGCGGCACGUCCUGGAGGGAGAGAAGACACAACUCAUGCAGCAGGUCGAGCACCUAAAGCAAGAGAUCUCCAGGCUGGUCCGGGAGAGGGACGCGUACAAAGAAAAGUAUGAGAAGCUCAUCAGCAACGGCUUCAGAGAAAAUGGAUCCAGCAGUGACAACAACCCUUCAUCUCCGGAGUUUUUCAUGUCAUCAAGAAAAUUUCUCCAUCUGUGAUUUCAAGCACCAUCCCUCCGUGCCCUUGAGGAUUCUUGAGAUAACCUAAUGACUGAGCAGUGAUGACAUCAAAGCGACUGACCAAUUGCACCGAGACACCUACAAAGCACAACAUUCAAAAUUAUUUCCCGAAGAACAACAGACAAGACCCGCUGGAAUUCUUCAAAAUCUCUACAGCGAUUCUUGAAAAGCCUCUUACUACUCCUGUUUCCUUUCCUGAUAUUUUACCUCCAGCUUUUUUCUACAAAACCACAAAAAUAAAAAACAAAUAAAAUAAAAUAAAACAAAAAUAAAAAUCACAGAGACUCAUAAUCAGGAGAUGGUUGAUUCUCUUCGAUGGGAAGAUCACUGAUGCAUGCUUCUGUAAAUAGAUCAUAAUAAAACCCUAUUCUUAUUCCUAAUAUAGGAAACGUACCGAGUUGCUCUCACCAAAUUCAUAAACCUUCAUUACUGUGAAUAGAAUACCCAUGGUUCAAUAUUUUCCAUAUAAAAUCAGUAUUCUUACCUAUUCAGCGCCCACAUAGCUAUCAUUUCAAAUAUUGCUUCUCUAGUCUUUGAAGUUAAUUUGAUUGUAAAAACUGUACUUACAAUUGUUCUUAUUCUCAGCCUAGUCUUCCUCUCCAGUAUCCACACUAGUAUGUGUAAAUAGAGACAAAUGAAGACAACCGCAUGGAUCAGACUUUAGUGUAUAUUUACCAUGCUCUUAGAUCACACAUCUCAGUAUGUGGAUAUUUCAGACAACAUUUUUGAAAGUUUAAAAUAGCUGAAGAUAUUUUUCUGAUGGCCAGUGAUUUAGUCUCAGAUACCUGGAUACUGUCUGAAUAGAUCAAAUUUAUCCGGCCACAUUACAAUGAUUAUACAACACAAACUCCUUCGCUAUCAUCAGUGAAUUCCACUGGGAAACAGGCAAAUUGAACAGAAGAAGCAGGCAAUUUGCCCAAGCCAUGAUUCUAACAUAGCACCUCUAAGUAUUAGGUUUAAUAUUUGAUGUACUGUUUUUUUCCUUUUUGUUUUUUUUUUCUUUAAAUAUAAUUUACAGAUUUCUCCCAUUGUCGUCUUAUUUAUUAUUUUCUACUACAACAACUGCCCUGCCCUCUCAUGCCCACUUCGUAACUGUUGUAGCAAAGCUGCUGUUAGACUGAGAGGGACACAUUUUUUUCUUUGCAUGGUUUGAAACUGUGCUCCAGUCCUGAGCCUACACAGGGGCAAAAGAAGACCUCAGUAACUGCAAUGUAGAAAUGAGGAUUCUGGCCUCUGUCUUCAGUGGACUAUGAAGCUAACCAAAAGGACUGACAGAUAUCGUACCAAGCCAAUGAAGAGAUGACCUCAAGGAUUAGGCCCUCACUGGUGAAGACAGAAAUCCUUUUGCAUGGACAACAGGGAAAAUUUCUAGCUUGUUGAAGACCUCAUCUCCACCAUUGUGCAUCCUCUACCUCUCAGUGUUCUGCUGUGCAUCAAGAAAUCCAUGUCUUCACACUGACCCCCCCUCUACUACCCCACGUUUCUGCUGCAUGUCCCUCUAGAGCCUCACGAGGAGAGUUCAGCAUUAAAUGCUUUGGAUGGAUCUAUAUGGCAAUGGGAGAAACCAAUGUCCAAACAAGUACACACAUAUGACGCAUGCAUAGAGAUGCUCAAUCAUACACAAUGCCUCUCAAAUAUGUUGCUGUAUAUAUGUACACUAUGUCAAGUAUGUAUAGUCUCAGAUGCUGUACUUUGCAUGUUGAUUUGUAGAUGGAAUGUGACCUUUAUUCAAACAAGAGGAUGAGCAGGUAGUGAGUGGGUUGACUCUCUAAACCAAUGCAAGCCCUUUGACAGCUUUACAUCUCCAUAUUUGAUGGCAGGAGAUUUACACUAAGGUGGCAGAAACAGUUUGAUGUCUACUGUGACAUGUUGUCUUCCAGCAAACAGCAGUUCUGAUAAGGUUUAAACUCUCUGAAGGGACACAUACUGUCCCUGCUGAUGUCACACAGAACCUGGCCACAGCGAAUGUGGGUAGAAGAAGAGAAGGCAAACUGGGGCGCUCCAAUUAAGUGGCAGCGCACAAAGUGGCAUAGGGCAUCCUGCCAGCAACUGUCUAUUCAUCCAGUGUCAAAGGGAUUUGCACGUCUCAAUGAGUGUAUGCACUGACAUAGAAGUCCAAGAGCAAAGCAGAGGAGGGGAAGGAAAGGAAACAAGGCUGGGCUGAAAGGAGAUUUUUUUUCCUUUUUGUGUGUAAUUUCACAGCUUUAUUUCUGAUCAAAAUUUAAGGUUGUACUAAGCUUAUGUUGACAUAUUUUACUGGUCGGUCCACUUAUUUGGCAAUUUUUAAAAAUUUUUCAAUAACCUCUUGACCCCAUCUAUUACUAUCAUACAGCUGUCAUGACCUAAUGUCCUGUCUAAGGUUAACUUUGUGUUAAUGAGUAUGGCCCUCGGCUCCACCAGAUGUUCACCCUUGUGGCCAAAUACCCAAUACCCUCUGUGCUUCUUUAAUGCCUGCCCACUACAUCUGUACUCUUUCUGGAAGCAGCCGCAGAAAUAAUUCAACCAUCAAAAAUGCAGUUGAAGUAGGAAACGACAUAAACUCUGCAAAACAGGUGUUUUCUUUUGGAGUAAAAUUAAUAAAAGACAUAAAUCAAAAUGCUGCACCCUAAAAAUAGAAUUUUAGCAAAAUACAUGUGGUUGCCUAAUUUGCGUGUCUUACACAAAGUAGGUCUUACAAUUUAUGUGAGCAAAUCUUCUUAAAUCAAAUAUUGUCAGAGCACACCAAAGCUAUUUACAGUCAACAUGUAAACUGACUUGAAAUUUGGACUUCUGACUUAGCGGUGAUUAGUUAAAGAAGAUUUAAAAUACAGAAAAGGAUGAAGAUGUCAUUCAAAUAUGAGACUGCGUGUGGUUUGUGUCAAGGCUUUCCACUUUGUUAGAAGUGAAACAAAGAUGAAGCCGUAUGUGACAGGUAGAUGUGCUUUCCAUGUUUUUGAUUGCAGUGUUUAAACACUAUCUGGCAAUAAAACUGGACAGGACCAGAACAAUAUAGACAGCUAUACACCUGAACACACAAAACGUGUGUAAAUGCAUACAAACACAGAAGCACAUCCUUGAUCUUUUUGUGACAGACGCACACACACGCGCACAGCAAGCUAAUCUAAACAGCAAGGCUGCAUGUAAACAGAUCGUCGACAUAAUGGGAUUGUUCAGUGUGCAAACAAUAAGCUGUUAGUGUAAUCACAGGUCAAAGAUAUAUUACCCAGAGGGCCACGCUGUAUGUAUAUUAACAUGAUGGAUACGCUGGAGAGGAGGGGGCAGGGAUAUCGGGGAUAUAGAGCUCUACUGAUUCGGAUUUACCCCCUACUGGGUCUUGUCCGCUGCCUUUCUCUCCUCUGGCUCCUGCAUAUGGGCCCCACUUAAUCAGUCUUCUUCUCAUCUUGCUCCUCCCCCCAUUCACCCACCUCUUCCUUAUACACCAAAUUCUUCUAUUUCUUCACAACGCUCCUUGUUAAAUACUUUAGUCAUGUCUUUAACACAGUAUCUUCAUUUACUUCUUUCCUCUCCCAUCUCCCUGUCACCCCUGGGCAGAUUAUGAUCAGCUUCAGUAAAGUGGUCAGUCCAUCUCUGUGGUCAGUGGGGUAUCAGGAUAAAGUAGCUCCACAAUCUUAUUUUUGGAUUAGGCCAAGAGAGGUCUGGCUUAUACUGGACUACUGAGGUGCUUCACCCAUGUCUAAUACAAACACUGAAAGAGCAAGGGUAGAAGACAAAAGACAGCACCAUGUUGGGGAUGAACAAUGCAUGUGAUAAAGAGAGAUUGCCACAUGUUCCCCUUAACUAUGUACUGUGCUUUGUGUCACAGUGAGUAGCAGCAUACUAGAGCCAUUUCGGGCAGGAUAAAUGCUGCAGAGCUUACUUUAUAAGAUCUCAGCUUAUUAACUUAUCUCUACUUUAUUUGAUUAUGAUCUAGCCCAUUCUCUAAACUGGUUAAUAAGUCCAUGUCCUCCUGACUAAACACUUGAUUAGUGUCAUCACCGGCUAGCUUGUGUGUGUGUGCUGCAUAUGCCUGUGGAUCAUUGAAGCAGAUGCACACUGGGGCCAAGUGACAGAGUAAACACAUAGACAGAACACUGCAGAGAAAAACAACCUGAAUAAAAUGGGCCUGUUUGAUUA